UGGGGACACGGGGAUGCCACCGCCCUGGCCCUACCCCGGAUGCCAGCACCCUGCGGGCUGGCAGCGAAGGCAGCGAUUUCCCAACCGGUACCAGCAGCCCCCCCGGGUCACGGCCACCGAGGAGUCCGGACGGUCCCCAAGGAGCUCCACCGGAUGGCUGCGAAGCGCUGCACCGCGAUGCCACCGGGACCCAUCCUGCUGCUGGUGCUGGCUCUGCUGCCGCCGGGCCCCGCCGCGCCCUGCUCCCCGCAGCCCAACGCCACCCGGUUCGUCUGCACGGAGCCCACGCUGCGCUCCCUCCCCGCGGGGCUGCCCCGCACCACGCUCGCCAUCUCGGUGGAGUUCACGGCGCUCUCGGCGCUCCCUCCCUCCGCGCUGCUGCCGGUGCCGCGCCUGCAGGAGCUGCACCUCUCCUCCAACCGCCUGGCCUCGCUGCCCGCGGCCCUGCUGCGCCCCGCGCCCGCCCUGCGCGUCCUCGACCUGACCAACAACCUCCUGAGCGACCUCCCCGCCGACACCUUCAGCAGCAGCCAGCGCCUCCAGCACCUGGUGCUGCGCGAGAACCGGCUGCGGGCGCUGCGCCCCGCAUGGUUCCAGCAUCUUCCCCGCCUGCUCUGGCUCGACCUGGGCUCCAACGCGCUGGCGGAGCUGCCGCCGGGGGCUUUCCGCCCGCUGCGCUCCCUGCGGAGCCUGGACCUGUCCCGCAACCUCCUCGCGGCGCUGGGGCCGGGGGCGCUGGCCGGGCUGGGGGCUCUGGAGCGGCUCGACCUGGAGGGGAACCGUUUGCUCACGCUGCCCCCCGCAGCCUUCGCCCCCGCGCCCGCGCUGCGCCUCCUGUUCCUGCAGGAGAACGGGCUCCAGGAGCUGCCCCCCCGCAUCUUCCUGCCCCUGCACCACCUCCGCGUCCUCGACCUGGCGCGGAACCGGCUGCGGGCGCUGGAGCUGCCCCCUCCCGGCCCCGGCCCCGCGCUGGAGCUGGACCUUGCGGGCAACCCCUGGCACUGCGGGUGCGCGCUGCGGGCGCUGCUGCGGAGCGCGGCCCCGCUGCUCAGCGCCGCCGCCGACACCCGCUGCGCCAGCCCCGCGCACCGCCGGGGGCAGGAGGUGGCUGCGCUGAGCGGGGCCGGGGGCUGCGAGGACAACGGGGACGGGCAGCAGCCGCCGGGCCCAUAGGUGAGGGGCUCGGUGGCACCGCAGGGGCUCGGGGGUGCCACCUCCCUCCCCGCCGCGUUGUCCCCGGCCCAUAGGAGCUCUCCUGGGGAAACCGAGGCGGGGAGCGUCGGGCUGCAGCUCUGCCCUGUCCCCGUGCUGCGGUGCCUGUCCCAGUGCCGCCCAGCCCCACCGUGCCUCAGGCUGUCCCACGUCCCUGUCCCCA